CAAGGAACUAAGGAUUAAAGGGAAAAGGAGACUGACAUUCCAUCAGAACCCCUGUGGAGCUGCAGCGGGGACGAGUCGACCGGCUGUGAUUUCUUAGCCUGGAGAAAGGCAGAGCUGUGAGGAACACGCAGGGAUGUGGCCUCGGAUGUGGCUUUUAAUUCCCCUGUGUGCAGCAGCUGUGUGUGCAGGUGUGAGCGGUGCUCAGGUCUACAGGAACGGCUCGACAGAAAUGUGUCGUCAUCGGUGCGAUGAGCUUCUGGAUUURAUCUCAGAGAUCCACGGUCUGAGGGUUGUCACCAACAGCCUGCUGGGAGACCUGGAGAAAGUAUCAAAAGAAAAUGAGGAGAUGCGGAUAUCUUUGGUUGAGCUGAGCAGCAGCAGCAGCAGCAGCAGCAGCAGAAGUAGCAUCAGCAGUAGCAGCAACGGCAGAAGCAAAAGCAAUGGAAAGGAAGAGGACAACCAUUCUGACAGAGACACAGACCAGGUGGACAACCAUUUUGAGAGAGACGGCGAUGGGGAGGACAACAAUCCUGACAGAGACGGGGAGGACAACAAUCCUAACAGAGACGGGGAGGACAACAAUCCUAACAGAGACGGGGAGGACAACGGUCUUGACAGAGACAGAGACGGGGAGGUGUGGUGUGUGCAGGACGGACGAGUGUACGAGCAGGGAGACGUCUGGGAGACGGACAGCUGCACCUCCUGCUCCUGUCAGGAUGGGAAGGCUGUGUGUCAGCAGGCGCUGUGUCCCCCGGUGUCCUGCAUCAAUCCGGUCUUUGUCGACAGAAAAUGCUGUCUUGUUUGUCUCGACAACGAGGACGGCUGGUCCCCGUGGACUGAGUGGACCCACUGCUCCGCGACCUGUGGACGUGGUGGGCAACAACGGGGCCGGUCCUGCAACGGCAUCACGCCCUGCGCCGGGCCCUCACUUCAAACACGCAGCUGCACUCUGACCAAGUGUGACCGCAAGACUCGUGUUGACGGGAGCUGGGGUCUUUGGUCUCCAUGGUCUUCGUGCACAACCACGUGCGGAGAAGGUUACAAUACACGUGUCCGUCUGUGCAACAACCCUCCGCCACAGAAGGGGGGCAGGGCGUGCCCAGGCAGCGCCGGGGAGACGCGACCGUGCAACAACACAAUCUGCCCCAUUGCAGGAAGGUGGACGGCCUGGAGCACGUGGUCACAAUGCUCUGCGACAUGUGGUGGGGGCCUCAUAAGCCGCCAGCGGGAGUGUUCGAGUCCCGCCCCUCAGAAUGGCGGCAAACCUUGCGCCGGUGAAGCUGCGGACUACGAAGCGUGUAACAAAGAGCCGUGUCCCGUUGAUAUGUGUUUGCUUUCAAGUCCGUGUUUUCCCGGCGUAGAAUGCACAUCGAGAAGCGACGGAUCGUGGGAAUGUGGACGCUGCCCUUUGGGUUUGAAAGGGAACGGCACACACUGCGAAGACGAAAAUGAGUGUGAAGUGGAGGGGUUGUGUUUUACAAAGUGUGUAAACACAGAUCCUGGAUUCUAUUGUCUGCCCUGCCCUCCUCGCUACAAAGGCACACAGUUGUUCGGCAUCGGACUACAGGAAGCCUCGAAAACUAGACAGGUGUGUGAGCCACACAAUCCUUGCAAAGACAACACACACACCUGCCACCAGUAUGCGGAGUGUGUAUACCUUGGCCUGGCUUCUGAGGUGUUGUAUAAGUGUGUGUGUAUCGUUGGGUUUGCUGGCGAUGGCUUCCUGUGUGGUGAGGACCCUGACCUGGACGGCUGGCCCAGUACAGCGUUGCCAUGCAUGCAGAAUGCCACAUAUCACUGUGAGAAGGAUAACUGCCCCAAAGUGCCAAACUCUGGACAGGAAGACUUGGACAAGGAUGGGCAGGGGGACGCCUGUGAUCCUGAUGAUGACAAUGACAACAUUAUAGAUGAGAGGGACAACUGCCCGCUGACGUAUAACCCUCGGCAGUUUGAUUCGGACAGGGACGGGGUUGGCGAUCACUGUGACAACUGUCCGUUUGACAGCAACCCACAGCAGACAGACACCGAUGACAACGGAGAAGGAGACGCCUGCAGCAUCGACAUUGAUGGAGACGAGAAACUGAACGAGUACGACAACUGUCCUCUUGUGUACAACACUGACCAGCGGGACACAGACAUGGAUGGUGUUGGAGACCAGUGUGACAACUGUCCUCUCCUUCACAACCCACUGCAGCUCGACUCUGACAGCGACCUGGUGGGGGACAUGUGCGACGACAACGAGGACAUCGACGAGGACGGACACCAAAACUCUCUGGACAACUGUCCGUACAUUGCCAACAGCAACCAGGCCGACCAUGACAAGGAUGGAAGAGGCGAUGCUUGUGACCACGACGAUGACAAUGACGGUGUCCCUGAUGACCGGGACAACUGCAGACUGGUUCCCAACAGGGACCAGAUGGACUCAGAUGGCGAUGACAGUGGAGAUGCAUGCUUCGACGACUUUGACAACGACAGCAUUCCAGACUCACUGGAUCCCUGUCCUCUGAACCAGGACAUCGGGUCUACGGACUUCAGGAAGUUUCAAGGCGUUUUAUUGGAUCCUAAAGGCACCACGCAGUCCGAUCCCCUGUGGGUGAUCCGCAGUCAGGGGCGGGAGCUGCUGCAGACAGCCAACUCUGACCCUGGAAUUGCUUUAGGAUAUGACAAGUUCAGUUCUGUAGACUUCAGCGUGACUCUUUAUGUGAACACCAACCGAGACGAUGACUAUGUAGGUAUUGUGUUUGCCUAUCAGUCCAGUCGACGCUUCUAUGUUGUCAUGUGGAAACAGGUGUCCCAGGCUUACUGGGAGAAAAGACCAUCCAUGGCUUUUGCCACUGCAGGCCUCUCCAUCAAACUGGUCCACUCCAGCACCGGACCGGGGGAGUAUCUCCGCAACGCCCUGUGGCACACCGGAAACACUAGACACCAGGUCAGAACCUUGUGGCAUGACCCGAAUGAAAUUGGCUGGAAGGACUACACAGCGUACCGCUUGCAUCUUAUCCACCGACCCAAAACUGGAUUUAUCAGGGUGGUUGUGUACGAGGGCAGGGACAUUCUCUCCGACUCAGGCGCGGUUUAUGACCACACCCUGGCUGGAGGCCGACUGGGACUGUUCGUCUUCUCUCAGGAACAUGUCAUCUUCUCAGACCUUCGAUACGAGUGCAGAGAUAACUGAAGUUUUUUUUUCUUGGGAUGAUCAGGAUGCUCCACAGCAAACAGCCAGAGGUCCACAAUAAACUCAGAAGAUUUUAAUACAACAUGAGGUGUACUGGACGCAGGCCUUUUAUGCAGCCAAGACUAUCAAUUAGUGACCGUCGUCCUUCUACCUGUCAGCUUUUUAUGCAGCAGUAUUGAUUCCAGGCUCUCAUUCGCUGUAUAUUACUCCUCUGGCACCGUGUCUAAUGACACUCCUUGUUGCUUUUCGUUUGUGUCUUCCUAAAGGUUGUAAAUAAUUAUUUAUUGCGAGAGGCCAGAUAUAGGAGAGAUGAAAAUGAUGAUGGAGAGAGCUGAGCUGAUGUCUGGUGGUAACUUAUCAAUAAAAGGCGUUUUUUUAAUCAA